AUGGUUUUAAGACGAUCAGCGAGAGCGGCUACACGUACGGCGCAACAGGCAGCGAGUAGUGCAGUGAAAAGGAGGUACUCUGAUUCCUCGACCAGUGACGAGACCCUCAGCAAGCGCGUCAAGAGUCAAGCAGCAAGCCGUUCUGUAAAGAAAGUUGGUACGGCACAAGGUUGGGAGCAGAAGCGGAACAAGGAUGACCAGACCAAGAGUAUCAAGCCGGACAGCCCUGAGGUAGAUGACGAGGCUGGAGCGGAGAAGAAGUGGAAGUCGUGGUCUGCCCACGCGACGUCAACACCAUACCCGAACUUCGCCCAUCCUACGAACCGCGAAUGCCAGCUAGCAUAUGAUAUCCUUUACAAACUCCACAAUGACGCCGUGGAAGCUGAGUUCGAGGACACGAACACACCGGAAACGAUCCCGUUCGUUCUAGACGCUCUGAUCGUCGCAGUCCUCAGUCAGGCCACGAGUUGGAGCAAUGCGAAGCGCGCGAUGGAUAGCAUGAAGGAUACAUACGGGUCCAUGUUCGCCUACAAUCAGAUACAUGCAGGUGGACCAGAGAAACUACAAGAAACUAUCCGCUGUGGCGGUCUCCACAUCAGGAAAACUAAGAUCAUCAUGUCCAUUCUCGAUGAAGUCAAGCGACGAUACGGGCGCUGGAAUCUCGACCAUCUUCUGGAUGCAACUGACGAGGACGCCAUGAAGGAGCUUAUGAGCUACAAGUACGUUGGCCCAAAGUCUGCUUUUGUCGUCUUGGGCUGGUGCUUGAAGAGGAAUCGAUUCACAGUAGACACACACGUCUAUCGCAUAGCUGGCUUGUGGGGCUGGAGACCGAAAGAAGCCACUCGUGAGAACACGCAAUUACAUCUGGAUGCGGUGAUUCCAGCCGAUCUCAAGUUCAAACUCCACUUCUUUCUUAUACAGCACGGACGGACCUGCGUUGCCUGUCGCGGCGGAAGCAAAGACACUAAAGGGUGCGAGGUACACAAAGAAGUAAAGCAACAGCUCAAGCAGAAGCCCCAGGGGUUAGAUUCUGCAUGCUAA